AUAGUUGGACGAUAUUAUUUAGUUCAUUAUCAAUGCUGUGGGACGACAUAACCAAAACACCGAAUUUUUGUUAUGCACUUAUAGAUUUAAUCAGGAUAUCAUUGAAAAUCUAUUAGGUGUCCUGUCCGAAUCCGCGCAUAGUCGACAUAUCGAUGUUGCACGAUCUCAACCGUUGACGUUCGGCAACGUUGUAUAGUAAUGUAUCAUAACGUUACGUUAUUAACGUAUACUCGAUAUAGUGUGUCAAUACGUCUGUGUCACUAUAUUUCACGCCACUUAUACGUCUAUAAACCACUUGAUUACUUAAUUAUUGUUGGUUAAUUUUUUUUUUAAAUGAAUAUUUCUCAAGAGGAAUGUCAAUCAAAACAUGACGCCACCCUGCUACAUGUGCUGAAACAAGCAUCGAUGUUGCAGAAAUGCCUUCACCUAUUAAAAAAAAUCGAAAAGGACAGUUUGUUGAAAGAGGGCAAAAACAGAAUAUUGUUAAUUUAUACAAGUCAAAAAAACAUCAACAACCAGACAUUAAGUACAAAGAAAUAAUAGCAUCUAUUUCAAAAGAAAUUGGGAUUGGAAAGCGUACAGUGAUAACCACAAUAAGUGAGUACAAAAAUACAGGAAGUCGCCAUGUAAAACAAAAAUUCGCCCCAAAAUCAAUGAUAAAAUUGACGAUUUUGACAAAAACGCAAUUUGUCAAAAAAUGCAUGGGUUUUGGUUUAGAGGUGAAAUACCAACUUUAAAGAAAAUUAUCACUGCUAUUGAUGAGAAUCCAGAUAUUCCGAGUUUACCUAGAACCUGUUUACAGUGGAUAUUGAAAGAAUUAAAUUUUGAAUAUACAAAAAGGAAUCGGAAUAGUGCGCUUACGGAAAGAGGAGAUCUCGUUAUUUGGCGACAAAAAUAUAUUGAGGACAUAAGACGAUAUCGGAGAGAAGGUCGUACAAUAUAUUUCCUUGAUGAAACGUGGGUAAACGCAGGGGAGUGUAGCAGUAAAGUAUGGAUUGAUACUUCGGUAAAAUCUCAUAGGGAUGCAUUCCUGAAAGGACUGUCUACAGGCCCUAAAAAUCCAACAGGUAAAGGCAAACGUCUAAUAGUUGUCCAUAUCAGUUCAGCAGAUGGUUUCGUCGAGGGUGAUCUAUUGUGUUUUGAGUCGAAGAAAAACACAGCAGACUACCACGACGAAAUAAAUAGCGACACAUUUUACGAAUGGUUUUGUGGAGUUCUGCCCCGAUUAAAGGAAAAUGCAAUAAUAGUCAUGGACAAUGCAUCGUACCAUUCUAUCAAAAAAGACCCAGUUCCUACAAUGGCUUGGAAAAAAGACGACAUAAUAAAUUGGUUGAAGUCCAAAGAUAUUGUUUUCGAUAAACCGAUGUUGAAAUUUCGAUUGCUUGAUAAGGUAAACAAAAUUAAACCUCUUCACAAUAAAUAUGUAAUUGAUGAAGAAGCUUUGAAAACAAAUCGACAUGUAUUACGUUUGCCACCUUACCAUUGUGAACUUAAUUCAAUAGAACUUGCGUGGUCCGUAGUGAAGAAUCAUGUUAAACAGAAUAAUAUAACAUUUAACCUAAAUUAUGUUAAAAAAUUGCUGAUUGAAGGUGUCCAGAAAGUGACUUCUGACAUGUGGGCCAAUUUCGUUAGUCAUACUAUCAAAGAAGAAGACAAAUUGUAUGAAAUCGACUUCAUCACAGAAAAUAUGUUGGAAAAUGAAGAACCACAUAUUAUGACAAUAACUGGUGACACUUCUUCUGAUUUUUCUGACGAGUAAUUCUUGUAAAAUAUAUUAUUUAUAAAAGUGACUUAAAUUUUUUUUUUGUAUUUAUUUACUAAAUAUUAUGUAUAUAUUUUUGUUAUUUAUACGAUUGUAAAUUAUAUUAUUAAUACUAACAUACCUAAAUUACUUUUGAAAAAUGUGAAAUAUCACGUUAUAUUAUACAUAUGUACUUAUAUUAUACUUUAAAUUUUACAUGUUUUUAUACUAUCACGUACAAUUUUGUAAACGAUUGAAUAUUUAAAAAUAAAAAUAAAUUUUAUUAUAGUUUUAACCUCAAUAUCAACAUAUUAUGAAUUGUAUUUAAAAUCCAUAUAUUAAUUAAUAAUUAAUAAUUAUUAUUUGUAAAUUGUAACAUUUUGAAAGCAUUAUGUAUUAUAACUUAGUGAAUUAACUCACAUUUUUCAUAUAUUUUUUUUUAAUAGUAAAUUUAAAAAUGAAAAUAUUUAAUAAUAUUAAUAAUUGUUUU